GGGGCUGUGGCGAUGGGCUGAGAGAAAAAUGGAGAUGUUACAGUCCCAAUGUCGAAAGAGUUAGUUUCACACAUUUGUCCCGCGAGUGCUGUUCCAGCGGUGCUUUAAUCCUGUAUGUAAAUGACAGCCAAUAGAUGCUGUUGUUGAGUUGGGCUGGGAUUAGCGGAGGCGAAUGACUUUCAAUUUUACUGGAUUACAGAACAAAGAAGGGGGAAAGGGGACACAGUCCUCUGUUAAAGAAAACAGAAAGAAAACGGGGCGAAUUGAUCAAAUAAAUCACGUCGAUUUCAUAUCAGCAGACUACAACCCAUUCGAGAUUAUGACAUUUAAGAAAGUCGCUAUCGCCUUUCUUUAGAUGGGAAUUCAGAUCUCACUACUGUUGGAUUAAACGGAGAAUAAACCUAUCCCGGGAUUAAACACGGGGAAAUCGAAGAAUGGCACAGAUACGGAAGCCGGGCUGUGAUGGGAUGAGGACCAACUCUCGGCCAGAGCUCAAAGUUCCCCAAGUGUCAGCCAGACAAGAGAUCCUCACCAGCCUAGUGUCUGCCCUGGACUCUGUGUGCUCUGCCAUGUCUAAACUGAAUGCGGAGGUGGCCUGUGUCACUGUGCAUGAAGACAGCGUGAUCGCUGUGGGAACAGAGAAGGGAAGAAUCUUCCUAAACUCCAGAAAGGAAAUACAGACAGACUUUCACAAGUUCUGCAAAGUGUCCUGUCUGCAAGCAUUGACCGCCAUGAACUCCCACGCCAAAGUUCCUGAAGUAGACUGCAGCAGGACAGGCAAAGACUGCGGGCCGCCGGGCAGACAGAGAGCCUUAACAGACACUCAUUCCAACAUCUUCGUCCUGAGGAAGAUGGUGGAGGAGGUGUUCAGCGUGCUUUACAGUGAGGCUGUUGGGAAAAGCAGCCUGGUCCCUGUGCCUUAUGACUGGAUUCUCAAGGAUCCCAGCUCAGUGGUUGUCUACGGCCUGCCUGAUGGUGUAACUCUGAGAAAGCCUUCGGAAUAUGACACCAAGACCUUAAUGAAGAUCUUAGAGCAGAGCAACCGCAUCCGCUUCAUAGUCAAAAGUCGAACACCAGAGGAACCCUCUCGGGAUGCCAAAUCCUGUCCGGAAGUCAACCAUCACUCUUCGACCUCAAAGAGCGUAAGCAACCAGGCCUCUGUCAAACCCUCCGUGCAGGAAGCGUCCGCUAGCAACUCCAUGCUCUCCAGCUUCCUGUACGGCAUGCCCAUGUCCUCCCAGCCUCACCCAGACAGCAAGCUGGACCUGAAGCCCACAUCACUGCUCAGCAUAGGUAAAGAGCGGCUGGGCAUGUGGGCGUCCGCUGAAGAGAAAGCGGUUCAGGCCAAGGAAUGUGCUGACAACGGCGAGCGAAUAGGGCUGGCAGCGGAUCUUACCCAGAGCCCUCCCAGCAUCCAUGUCUCCAAGCGCCUUCUGUUCUCCAUAGUGCAUGAAAAAUCAGAAAAAUGGGAUUCGUUCAUCAGGGAGACUGAGGAUAUCAACACCCUUCGAGAAUGUGUUCAGAUCCUCUUCAACAGUAGAUAUGCUGAAGCAUUAGGCCUGGAUCACAUGGUUCCUGUGCCGUACCGGAAAAUCGCCUGUGAUCCUGAAGCAGUAGAGAUCAUUGGAAUUCCAGACAAGAUUCCCUUCAAGAGACCGUGCACUUACGGUGUGCCUAAACUCAAACGGAUCCUGGAAGAAAGGCAUGCUGUCCGCUUUGUCGUCAGAAGAAUGUUUGAUGAGCGGAUUUUUACCGCUGCUGGUAAAAUAGCUAAGGAGGAGGGCAGACAGGAUGGAGGCGCCCCAGAGGACGGAUUCCCAGAUGGGCUCAGGGUGCCGAGCUCGUCUCUAGAGCUGCUCAGCAACACUCACAGUAGCAGAUCAAGCUCCUGUGUCAGUCCUUUGGCUGAGUGUGAAGCAGGGCCAUCUGGGGACUGUCUGCCUUUGAAAAAGAUCAAAACUGAACCUCCAGAUGGUGAAAUUAUCCAGGUGACAGUUCCAGAGUCUCAGAGUUCUGCUUCUACAGAAGAGCCGAGUGAGCCUCAGGAGGAGCGGGUGACCCCUGACCUCUGUCAUCCCAAGGAGUCUGUAGCAGAAGAUUUAACGCCCAAGUCUACAACACAAGGGCUCGAGAGAGCUGUCGAAGAAGACAUUGGAGAGAUGAUCCUUCAGCUGCGAAAGCAAGUCGAGAGCCUGUUCAGUUCCAAGUACAGUGAGGCUCUUGGUCUGCCUGAAGCAGCUAAAGUGCCAUAUUCCAAGUUCCAGAUGUAUCCAGAUGACCUGUAUGUCACAGGGCUACCAGAAGGGAUGACUUUUCGAAGACCAAACUGUUUUGGAGCCGCAAAACUCCGGAAGAUUCUUGCCGCCAGUAGUCAGAUUACAUUCUUUAUAAAGAGGCCAGAGUUGUUGACAGACCAGGUUAAACUUGAAGGUAUCUCUAAGACAACCUCUGAUUCAGCAGAGACUGACUCCAAAGAUCAAUCAGAAGACCCGGGACCUGCCUCCAAAAGACCAGGAUUCUCAGACAGUUUAGAGGCCAAGCUCUCCCGUAUCGACUUGGCGAACACCCUGCGAGAGCAGGUCCAAGACCUGUUCAACAGGAAAUAUGGCGAGGCACUGGGCAUUAAGUAUCCUGUGCAAGUGCCUUACAAGAGGAUCAAGAGUAACCCUGGCUCAGUGAUUAUCGAGGGCUUGCCCCCUGGCAUCCCCUUCAGAAAACCCUGUACCUUCGGCUCACAGAACCUAGAGAGGAUAUUAGCGGUGGCAGACAACAUCUCUUUCAGCAUUACAAGGCCUUUCCAAGGGCUUAUUCCCAAGCCAGCACCACGAAGAAUAACCAUAUUGAAGAAAGGUUACACCCCAAUAAGUGAAGAAGACGAGGUCAACCGGAUGGGAGAAAAAGUGAUAUUACGGGAACAAAUUAAAGAGCUGUUCAAUAAGAAAUAUGGUGAAGCUUUGGGUCUGGACCGCUCAGUCAUUGUUCCGUACAAGUUAAUCCGCGCCAAUCCAGGCUCACUGGAAGUGUGUGGACUUCCCGAUGAUAUUCCCUUCAGGAAUCCUAAUACUUACGACAUAAUUCGGUUGGAAAAAAUCCUACAGGCCCAAGAUGAAAUUACUUUCAAUAUCAAAACCCCUCUACAGCCUUUAACAGAGUUAUGUACUCAAACUUGUAAUAAAGAAGGUAAAGAAGUGUCUACGAAUCGACGCAAACGUAAACGAGUACUUGACAACAGUCAAGCAUCCAUGCCCACUGGAACAGACUCAGCACUAUCAACCAAUCAGAUACCUGUCAUGCAGUGGCCCAUGUACAUGGUGGACUACAGCGGAGUGAAUGUUCAAGUUCCUGGAAAAGUCAAAUAUUAAUGAACUUUCUGAUGGCGUACAAAAUGUCUUUUUUAAACCUGAUGUUUCUGAAUGCUGAUUUCAGCUUUCUUCAGAGCUGCGGCAGAUCCUGCGGCUCGCACGUGGAGAUGCCUGUGUGUUCUGGCAGGUAUCAGAGAGUGUGAACUGUUGGAUGCAGUUGUUUCUGAAUGAAGUGCUAAUGAUGGCAAAACAGCAGUAAAUCAGUCUACCGCUGCUUUAUUACUUGGAGGAAUAGUACUCACCCUCAUGUCAGUCCAAAAUAAAUGCUUUUGAUUUUUUUUUUUUGAAAUGCAAAAAUAGGAAUCAUGUCAACGAUGUGUUCUGUGUGAAGUUUUGUCAAAAACAAUAAUUAAAGGUGCUGUAGGGAACUUUUGUAAAAAAAUAUUUUUUACAUUUUUAUUAAACCUGUCAUUAUGUCCUGACAGUAGAAUAUGAGACAGAUAAUCUGUGAAAAAAAUCAAGCUCCUCUGGCUCCUCCCAGUGGUCCUAUUGCCAUUUGCAGAAACUCCAUCGCUCCUGGUAAAAAAUAACCAAUCAGAGCUGCGGUCCGUAACUUUGUUUGUGUUCAAAAUGUAGAAAAAUUUAUAUAAUAAGCGAGUACACCAUGAAUCCCUUUUCCAAACCGUGUUUUUGGCUUGUCCUGAAUCACUAGGGUACACCUAUAAUAAGUGUUUAUUUUUGGACUAUUUUAGAUUGCUUCAGGGGUACCGCGGCGGAGUAACCCAGUACCUUUGUGAUUCUUCAUAGACAUAAACAGAGAGAAGUAGAUCCGGCUACGAUGUUCUUCCGCAAGACGCAAGCAGUUCUGUUUAUUAACCGCUAGAGCGUCAAAAGUUCCCUACCGCAGCUUUAAUCGAAACUUUUAAAUAUGCUGAACAUUUUCUCAACCUCAGUCCACCCGAGAUGUACAGUAGAUGGCUUUAUUUCUUCAUCCAAACAAAUUUGGAUGCAUUUAGCAUCACAUCUCUUGCUCACCAAUGCAGUGGAUGGGUGCCGUCAUAAUGAGUCUAAACAGCUGAUAAUACAUGUAAUGUAGAAAUAAUGAUUUUUUUUUUCAGAAACAGAUUAUCAGUUCACAAGACAUUAUUUGUAGUUUGGAAUAUAUGUUAUGUUUUAUCAGCUGUUUGGAUUUUCACGGCACCCAUUCACUGCAUUGAGCAAGUUAUGCUCAAUUUGUCCAAAUCUGUUCAGAUGAAGAAACAAACUCAACUGCAUCUUGAAUGGCCUGAGGUUGACUGCAUUUUCAGGAAAUGUACAUUUUUGGUUGAACUAUUCCUUUAAUUGUUCCACUGGAAGAGUAACGACAUGCAGGCUCGGAGUGAAUAAGGACAGAACUAUUUCUCCACGUGAUUGUUUGUAAAAGGAGUAGCUGUUAUUUGCAUAUCAGAAGAAAAUGCUUUCCCACCAGUAUUUGUUAUUGCAGAUCCUGGACACAAUCAUGGUUAAGUAACCAUUUCAUAAAGAGCACUCAGAACAGGAUUUACGGUUUGUUUUUCCCAAAUGCGUCUAAUCACUGUUGGGAUACACAGCCUUGUUUGGUGCCAGAGCUCGUGCAGUAUGUGCAUACUGGAUACGAGUCCUUUAGUUAUCUGGGUCUCAUGCCUUGCAAAUGUUUGUAUUGUUAUUUAUUUAUUUAUUAAAAUAAAAAUAAAAAAUCUUGUAUAUGCAGGGAAUGUAAUCUACCAUAUUUAGUACAGAGCAUAAAGUACUGAAUGACACGACUAAUGAUGCUAAACUAGCUACUGUAUGUAUACAGAAAGAAACAUCCGCUUCAGGUUUCAGUACGUCAAGUUGGAAACCCCUAACACGAUAGCACUAACUUGUAUUCAACUGAGAGACUUUUUGUAUUAUUUUACCUUUGUAAAUUAACUCUUAAGUUUGUUAAAGAAAGGCAAAGCGAGAUAUUUGACGGAGAAAACAUCAUGAAUGUAUUGUUUGUAAAGGAAAGGAUGUUCUAAUGUGAUUAUGUAAUGACUGUCUCUGGAAUCGCCAGUAUUUAUAUGCUGUACCUUAAUGCCAUUUAGGCCUUUCAGAUAAAAUGUGUUGCCUUGC